UUGAAUUGCUGUGUAGGUAGUUUUAAUUUUUAGAUAGAGUCUUAUAUUCAUAUAUAAUAUAAACAAACCAAAGUCUAAAUGUUUUAAUUUUUUGUUUGUUUUUGAAAUUGGUUACAUGUUGUUGAUAUAUUUUAAAAAUAUUCACAUAAGGGACAGCUAGGUGGUUCAGUGGAUAGAGCACCAGCCCUGAAAUCAGGAGAACCUGAGUUCAAAUCUGGUCUCAGACACUUCCUAGCUGUGUGACCCUAGGCAAGUCACUUAACCCCAAAUGCCUCAGCAAAUAUAUAUAUAUAAAUUCACAUGAUAAAGGGGUUGAGAGAAAAAUGGGGGCCAGUUAUACUGUAAGCUUAUUGAAAAAUUUGCCCACAAGUGCUGAUUUUUGAUGGUUCUUGCUAAAGUAACUUGAACUCUUUAAGCCAUUUUAUUGGGCUUUGUUCAUGCAACGAUUUAAGGCGUUUGUGCGAUGGAUUAAUUGCUUCUAUGUUGUCAGCUUAUUUGCUUAUCAUUAACGAGGGGGGGUGUCAAUCAUUGAAAGAAUUUACAUAUUAACUUUUGUCUUGCCCACUAAAGGAGGUAAAGAAUUGAGAUUAAAUUCUGUAUUCUGCUUGUAUCUCUUAUGGAGGUUAGAUUUUUCCUGAAGCAGCAAAGUUAAGAUAAAUUUGUCCAUCUCUGGGUAUAAGUUUUCUUCUUCAAAGGGAGAUAAAUUCACACUAUUCUGACUCAAUCUCACUUAUGCCACGGAAACAACUAUUAGCUUUUGAAAAAUGUUUCUGCUAUGAAAUGUUGUAUUUAAAAUAACUAACAAGAGAGAAGAAGAAUGUUUCUACAAUAUUGAAUUCUAUGUAAGGAGCAUAGAUUUAGAUCCAAGAAAGAUCUUAGAAGCCAUUCGGUAUAGUUCCUUCUUUUUCAGAUGAAGAAACUGAGGCUCAGAGAGAUUACCAAAAAUCAUACCCCAAAAUCAUUGGAAUUAAAAACCUAGUCUCCUGACUCCUGGUCUACUUUUCUUUAUGCUAUAUACCACAUUCUUUUCCUAGGAAUAUAGGACUUCAAUCUGGACCUUAGAGAUCAAGUCCAGCCCCAUCCUGAUUAAAAAAAAAAAAAAAAAAAAAAGGCCCAUAAAGGUGAACUGACUUGUGCCAGUCUCAUAGCUAGUAAGCCAUAAAUUGGAAUUUGAAUCCAGGUUAACAUCAGAUUCCAAAUCCAAUGCUAUGCUCAGUACACCACACCCUAAGAUCCCACCUUUCCAAAGGAAAACUUUGUGAUAAACUCCAAGAAGCUGAUACACAUUCCCUUUGAUAUUAAAGAACUUAAGGAAUUUGAAUAUUUGGAAGCAAAGAAAACCUAACCCAAACUGAUAAGGUGACAUAAGCUAAAGAAUGGUGUCCAGUUUAUGCCUACUUCCAAACAUUGUCAGCUAAUUUAGGAGAAAAGUAACAAGGCCAUCUAGGUGCUGUGACUUUCAUUAGAGAAAGAUAUGAUUCAGAAUUAAUCUUGUAUCUUUAGUAGACAUGGUUCAUUGUUGCAUUAGUUUCAGUGAGAAAAAUUUGCAUCACACUAACAGGUUUCUAUAACACCUAUGAAAUUUGUUUAUUGAAAUCUCAUUUUCAUGUUGGAGUAUCAGCUGGUAUUUCCAAAGACAGUCUUAGAUGCAGAAAAGCAAUGCAGUCUGGAUUGCCAACUGUCAUUUAAUUUUAUUGUUGAGAUUUUUAAAAGAUCAGAAACUGUUGUUCUCAUUCAAUGUAAGAGAUUCUCCUUAGGGAAUAUGGCAAAGAAGGAAGGAAAUUACCACAUAUGGUCUUAAGCUAAAGUUUCAAAAAUGAAAACUUGUUAUUUUUAAGUCUUCAUUUUUCAGAUUGUGUAGAAUUUUAAAAUAUGUCAUCUGGGUACAUUUGUCCUUGUGUGCCUUAAGAUUGUCAGCUCAAAAUGUCAAUAUUGUUGGUUACUUAUUUUUUUCAAGAGUGAGAUUAAAAAAAGGAAAUGUUUGCUAGCUGAGUAUAUACUUGCUAAUAAAAUAAUGUUUCUCACUUAAGAGAAGCAUUUUUCCUGACCCUUAAGUCACUUAAAUCUGCGUGCCAAGAAUUCAUCAUAGCAGCAGACAACACACCCAAAACAGAGUUGAGUUUCUAAAACCUCAUUCCUCUAGAUGAUUUUUCCCCCCUUUAACCUUAACCACAUUUUCUUUUGAUUGCCAGCGAAUAUUUCUUAAAUCUCUCAUCCUGGAAAUUAACUCUGUUCCUUGUCCUGCCUCAUCCAAACCUGAGCCCACAGACACACACAAAUGGGAAUCUGAACAACACCCCACACACACACCCAUCGCCAGGCAGCUCUUUGUGCACUGAGACCUCCCUCUAUUGCCUGAAGAUUAGCUAUUUUGUAAGGUUUCUGACACUGUACAUGUAAAUGAGUCCCACCCAGCUUUCAUGACAGCAGUAGAAACAACUUACACCAUGACUACUAAUCAUCCUAUGUACAAACAUAUUCAUCCGUCAUGCAAGCUGAGAAUAGCAUCAUGGAGAGGGUGGAGUUUGAGUUUUAUCGGGCUUCCUGAGUUGGGACUUGCCCACUGGCUUUCUCAAGUCAGCUUUCUUUCACCAAAUGUUUGCUGUCACAGGGAAGGCUCUAAGGGGAAAAAAUUAACCAAAUAGAAUUAACAAGUGUCUUUUUUGUUGUUGCUGUUUCCUAAUUUUAUUAGUAGGCACUUACAUUUCAUUGGAUAUCCUUUUUUCUAUUAUUUUUGUACCUAUGAUUGAAAACAGUAGUUGGUCUCUGACUUUGCAGGAGAGGGAGAACCGGAGGUUACAGGAAGCCAGCAUGCGGCUAGAACAAGAGAAUGAUGACCUUGCUCAUGAACUUGUAACCAGCAAAAUUGCCCUCCGAAAUGACUUGGACCAGGCUGAAGAUAAGGCAGAUGUUUUAAAUAAAGAGCUGCUCCUGACCAAACAGAGACUAGUGGAAACUGAAGAGGAAAAGAGGAAACAAGAGGAAGAAACUGCUCAGUUAAAAGAAGUCUUUAGGAGACAGCUCGAGAAGGCAGAAUCAGAAAUAAAGAAAACAACGGCCAUCAUUGCUGAGUACAAACAGAUCUGUUCCCAGUUGAGCACCAGACUGGAAAAGCAACAAGCGGCCAACAAGGAGGAACUAGAAGUUGUCAAGGGCAAGGUGAUGGCGUGCAAACACUGCAGUGAGAUUUUCAAUAAGGAAGGGACCCUGAAGCUAGCGACUAUCAGCAAAGAAAGCCAGGGCAUAGAAAUUGAUGAUGAGAAGGACUCGCUCAAGAAACAACUGCGAGAAAUGGAGCUGGAACUGGCUCAGACCAAGCUGCAGCUUGUGGAGGCCAAGUGUAAAAUCCAGGAGCUUGAACACCAGAGAGGAGCCCUCAUGAAUGAAAUUCAAGCUGCAAAAAACUCUUGGUUUAGCAAAACCCUGAACUCUAUCAAAACAGCCACAGGCACCCAGCCACCCCAGCAGCCUCAGCCAUCCCAAUCACCCAAAGAGAGCACGUAGUUCCUGCCCAGUUUCACACACAAGAACACAAUGAUUCAAGCAUCCGGAAGCCCUGGCAGAUUGUCCCAGUGUCCCUUUGAGGGGAAGUAAGGAAGGCCAGGGGGGCAAGCCUCGAACUGAAAUCCUUCAGCGUCUCUCAUUCAUCUGGUGUGAUGCUUUUUCAAAGGAAAGUUAUUUAGAGUCCUGUUUUAUGUUGAAUAUCUAUUUUCCACCUUCCUCACUGAAAACCACCAUCAACCUUCUUACACCUUAUUUUAUUAUAUCUAGAUGUUAAGUUGAAAAUAAAUAAUUCAGAGCUAAAUGUUUUAUUUAGAACUAAUUAUUCCUAAUUAUUUUGUAUCUUGCAUAAAACAGUAGAAUUUUUGUUCUUUCAGGGUUGACAUGGUGGGAGAUGGGGUAUCAGUCAGGGCAAGAAAGAGAUUAAAAAUUUAAGCCUUGAUCAUUUUCAGGACUUAAAAUAAAGCACAUUGUAGGGGCAGGCCAUGACUAUUGUCUAGGACUUAUCCUAGACAUGAUCCCAGUAGUUUACAAGAAGGAUGGAUACAUCCUAUAGAGAAGCACUUUGCUUUUGAAAGAGGAAUGACCACAGACCUGUCUCCUGAAAAAAAGAUUCAUUUAAAAAAAAAAAAAGCUUUUGCUGGGCUCAUUUGAAAAUGAGCUCCUUUCGUAGAUGUUUGAUAUUCCUGAGGCUCUCUUAUCCUUUGUCUUCUGGCAUGUACACUAGAGCAAAGGAACUAGAAUUUCAGCAAAUUCGAAUAAGCCUGUAUCACCUUGAUCUCAAUUCUUUUAAGAAUUGUGUGAAUCUUAAAAAUCUGCCUAUGUGCAUGGCCCCAGGUGUGACAGUCUUGUGGAUGUGUAAUGCAAAGGGUAUUUUGUGAAUAGUAGCCUUAGAAAACUUUCAUCAGAACACCUAGGAAUAUCCAGGUACAACUAUUGGGCUUAGUACAGAAUCAGAACAGAAAAGUAAAUAGCAGGAUAAGACCAGUGAAUUCAUAUUCUAUUUAAUUUCGAUGAGCACCUGCUAAGGAAACACUAAUUUACUGUAAUGGUUCUGUGUUAAAGACAUGGAAAUGGGAAGUAAAGGCCAACUUUGAAACCUUCUAGUCUUAUGCUGUGUAACUCUUCCUGAUUUCUGUAACUAUCUGAAAAUGUGCCCUUUUUAUCCCAAAGAUGAAGAGGUGCAAAAGCAUUUGUAACAUUUUUGAUUCAAUAUAAAAUGUUUAUAGAAAUGCUUAUUUCAUUGAAAGGUAAAACUAUUGUUUAAAAUUUGAUGAAAAUGUUUUUAAAUUAUAUUUAACAUGUCUAUAAAAAGGUCUUGCCAGGAAAUAUCCUAACAGGACCAAAGAGGUUAGUUGUGUAUUAAGUUUUUCAUCUUAUCUGUUCCAGAAUAAGGCAGGGAGAGAUCUUCUGGACCCAUUUGCUUUUAACCCAAAUUAAUUCUUCUAUCAGGUCUAUAUGAUAAAGUUUAAUCGUUCAUCAUUGGCUUCAACAUCAAGCUCCUUGCUUGUAAAGGAUCUGAAGCUGCAGUGCCAGUGGGAUUUUCUUAUCUGUGCCAUUUUACUCCUAAAUAAUUUAUUAAAAUUCAUUCAUAGGGAAUGUCUUGCCCACUUCCCCUAAAAUGACUACUUAAUCCUAAAAAUGUAUGUGUCCCUCAAACAUAACCCAUUUAUGAAAAAACAAAACCACAUUGUUUACCUACUUUUUCAGGUCUUAUUUAAGAAGAGCUCCUUCAAAAAAAAAAAAUUUUGCCUGCCAUUUUUCAUGAAAAAAAAUUUCAAAACAGGGAAAUGCCAAUAUUUCCAAAACAAUGAAAAACUAUUCUAGCCACUAUUGGUUCACUUGCUAAUAGCCAGCUACACUUUGAGAAAUAAGAACAUUUUUUGGUAAAUUGAACUUAAAAGCUUUGAAUGUAUUAACUUUUUAUAAAGUGAUGGUCAUACUACUUACCUAGUUCCAUUAGUAUGUCAACUUUGACUUGGAUGUUCCCUACAAUUUGGUUUUUAAAGCACUCUUUUUUCAAAUUAUAAUAAUAAUUAGAAAAUGCUAUCUCUUAUAUAAAAUGGUACCUUUUAACUUAAUACAUUGGCCUCUAUUAUUUAGUAACAUUAAAUUUGGCAUUUGUGCCCAUAAACCCCUUCACCUUGAUUCAGCCUCCUGAAUGAAAUUGCCAACUAAGUAGAAGAUGCUCAUUUCUUCUGGAGUCUGAUCCCAUGGAAUUACCCUAUUGCCUUCCACUUUUCGUAACCAGCAGAAUGGGCUUAUGAUGCAGGGUUAUCCUUAGUUGAGAAGAAAAAAAUAAAGUUGCUACAUGUUGCCCACUCAGACUUGGACAGGAGGCUUGUAGAUGCCUCCAGAACAGUUAACUGGAUGGUGUUUGUUUAAUGUCACAGACUCCUUCCUUAUUGCUCUCCUCACCACCACCACCCCCUACCCAAACCUUACAUUAAAUUGAUAUUUGGACUUAGCUGGCUAAACUUGAGGUUCAGUUGAAUUUUUAUAUCCCAAGAUGAAGGGUGUGUAGAACUUAAUAUUAGAAGUUAUAUUUUGAUUAACAGAGUUUAUGUAGAAGUGAGUGAAUAUUAAAAUUCUACAUAAUUUUCAUCAUUUUUGUCAAGAACAGCACUUUAAUUUUAAAUGAUAUUAAUUCAACUCGAUGUAUAUUUGAUCAAGGAAAAAACAUAUCUACAUGUUGUACAGGAUUUAGAAACUGGUAUUUUGUUUUGAAAGAAAGUUAAGACAUUUCAAAAUUCUGUUUAGUGUUUUCAGUGACUUACAUUAAUAGUGCUGAGUUGCUUCCUCUCUCAUCCAGUGCCAGCAGUGAUAUAUGGUAUGAUCUGCCAUGCCAGCUUAAUCUGUCCCAUGCUGAAGUAUCUGUUUGCCACUAGCAGCAGGAAAGAUGCAAGAUGAAAGGACCAAAAUUUGAUACGGAAGGUGUAAUUUUCAUUUAACAUGUUGGAAUAUCACUUUCCCAACUAUAUGACCAAGAGACAAAUGAAGUUUUGAAAAUGUCAACAUCCCAGUGAAGGUAGGAACUGCUUCAUUUUUCUAUGUCUAGCAUUUAGGACAGUGCCUGGAGUCUAGAAGGCCCUUAAUAACGACAUGCUGAUUGACUGACUUCAGUUAAUUUUAGAGGAUUAUGUAAAAUGCCCUCUCUUCACUUUAUAUAUUUUCAGGAACUAAACAAAUAACAGCCAAGCACCCUGAAAAUUCUUCUGACCGAUGGAGUGCUUUCCUGACAUGGUUUUUUAAUCUUAGUUCAAUUAUAGUCUUUUCCUAAAAUGCACAGUGCAGAACAAAUCCCUUCCAAAAUCCAUUGUUUACAACAUUUUGAAAAAUGAUUUGUUUUUUUUUGAGACAAAUUUCACCUCUUUGCCUACUAAAUUAAGUGCUAUUUAUUAAAUUAGUUUAUGUAUAUAUAUAUAUAUAUAUGUAUCCUGAAGAUUUUAUUUCUUUGGGUUUCUUAUUUUCUUUAAAAGUCAAAGAAAACAAAGCUGAAUUUAGUAGUGCAUGUGUUUAAUAGCUUCCCACAUCCUGAACCAUCUCAUAAAUACAUUUAGCUAAGUAUUUUCAUUUAGAUAAGACUUUACCCCUCUCCAAGUGCUAAUCAGAAACAUUGGUAGAUGUACCAGUUCAGCAUACAUUCUUAUCUUGUAAGGCAACCAAUAUCUUUCUUUCCUAUGAAAUCGGCAUAUUCUUUUCCAUUAGUUUGGGUUAAUUUUUUUUUUUUAUCACGAUAAAUCUUUUUGCUGAAGUCACUAACAUUUUAUAGUGUUUUGAAAACAUGAUGUUUCCCCAACUUUUUGAAUGUUUCUCUCCCUACAUGGUGGUUUUUACUUCUCUUUCUGUAUCACUUUGUUUUAAACACUCUAUUAAUAAGUAAUAUAACCUAAUGGCUUAAUUUCUUAUAUGAGAGAAAAUAUAUAAAACCAGAAUGACCACAGUAAGAAUUCAACAUAGUAAGUGUCAUGGAAUAUUGGAAGAGACGAUCAGUCAUUUAGAAUAAUCAGCUGUGUUCAUCAAACAGCCAUGUGGAUUAUGUGAUUCUUCUAUCUCAGUAAAAUAUUAUUUCAGCAUCUUACUUGCUUUUUCUUUCUAGAAAACAAUCCCUUUGAUCAACAUAUCCCAAAUAAAUUGCUUCUCUUGCUUCAUCUCCAGACAGACAAAAGAAUAAGCAAAUGUCAGUAAAUUGAAGAUUAAGGUAGACUUCCUGAACAGUGAAAUUCCACAUGGAUAUUGGUUUGCCUACAUGUAAUUCCUGUAUAGUAUAUUAACACAUAUAUUUAGAUGUCUCCACAUCCCAAGGCAUUUGGGAAUCCAAGAUGGUAGAUCAGAAAACACCAUUGUGCCCAAUCUUUUUUUCUCCCGUAACUGUUGAUUAUUCUUCCUUUCUCUGGUUGCCAAGUUCGUGUCUCUUUUGGCCUGCAUUCUUACAAAACACAUCCUUGAAUGAAGGUCUUAUUUCCUUCUCAUGGGUGGCUUUAUAAUAACUGGAGUGGAUACUGUCUCUGGGACUUCCUUAACCCUAUAAAAGCCACUAAACUGGGAACUAACUCUGUAGAGAGUAAUGAGCAUGAAAAGAUCCAGAGUUAGGACUUGAAAAUGAGACAUUUUAUAGAUAACAGCUGGCUGGUAGGGCUUUCCUUUCCCAGUUUGAGAGUAAUCACCAGAAUUAUUGUCUAGUACAUGUCUAAGGAACUCUUUUAGCAAAACAGAACCGUUAAUGGCAUGUCCAUAUUUUCAUUACCUUAUAACCACAUUUUCUGGAAGGUUUUAUUGGGAAAGUUUUUUAUCUUAAAAACAUUGGGUAGGAAAAUUUUUCAGAAAUUUCAUUUUUUUCCCCCAGUGGGAAGUAUUUAAUGUGUAAAGGUUUUGAAAAUAUGUAUAUAAUUUGGAGAAAACUGUGUAUUAGUCACAGACUAAUAUAUAUGAAACUGAAUUACAAUAAUAUAAAUACAUCAAAGGACUCUAGUGUCAUCAAAGCACAGAAGUGAUGCUGGAGGUGGUCCCAGAAUUCAAGAUAUCUUAAUAGUAUUUUGCACCAGUUUCUCUCUUUUUAAUAUUUUACAUAAUUCAUGGAUGUUGCAUUUCAAAUAAAAGGGGGGAAAAAAGGUUCCUUCUCAGCCCACCCUUCUUUCUUUUUUUGUGAUCCCUGUCUUUGUUCUGAUCAAGAGGUAAAAGAAAUCAUCUUUGUGCAAAUUGUUUUCCUAUAACGUUACUAUGACUUAUCCAUACCUCUUAAAACAAGUUCUAAAACAAAUGAAUUGAUUGCCAAUACCCCCAUUCCCCGGGUGCAAAUCCUAUAAAGCCUACAAGAAACUUGCUAACCACAUUGUUUCCCAAAUCACAAAACACUAACAAUUAGGCAUUCUCCAUAAAUCCAUGUGUUAUGUAUGGUACAAUUAUCAAUGUUAAUGCUUGCUCUAAAAAGUGCGAUUUAUUGUACAUUGUCUCAAUAAAUGUUUACUUUUCUAAUUGUUAAGAACUUGUUUGGAGGGUAUCUUGUUUUCAUUGUGUGAAUGGAUUGAUCCUUGUAAAAUAAAAAGAAGUGCAAAGGAAA